AUGGGGGCAACCCCUUUCCAUCAUUUGAUCCUCGAGGUCUGGCUAACGAAGCAUUUCGAUAAGCCAACGGACAUGAGGUACGAUGGGACCCAAGACCCCCAAGAACAUCUAACAGCUUUCGAGGCCAGGAUGAACCUGGAAGGGGUAGGUGAUGAAGUAAGGUGUUGCGCCUUCCCCGUGACCUUAGCAGGACCGUCGCGCCUUCUUGGCACAGUUCACCAUGUGCAUUGCCAAAGUAAAGCACCUAAUCAACUUGCUGGGGUGACACAGAGAAACAGGAAACCGACCAGAAAGUACCUGGAUAGGUUCAAUGAUGAAUGUUUGGAAAUUGACGCCCUCACGGACUCGGUGGCCAGUUUAUACUUGACGAACGGGUUGCUGAACGAGGAUUUCAGGAAGCACCUCACCACCAAACCCGUGUGGACGAUGCAAGAGAUCCAAAAUGUGGUCAGGGAGUAUAUCAAUGACGAAGAGGUUAGCCAAGUCGUGCCAGCCAACAAGCGGGCUAAGGAGCACUCCAAGGACGGAGGGCCAGCUAAAGCUUUCAAGCCGUUUCCCCGGGUAGGAAAGUUUACAAACUACACCCCUCUGACAACCCCGAUCGUCGAGGUCUACCAGCAAAUAGCCGACAAGGGCAUCCUGUCGAAGUCCCAACAACUCAAGGACAGAACUGAAGGGAACAAAAACCUCUAUUGCGACUACCACAAGGGCUUCGGCCACAAGACCCAAGAUUGGAGCGAUCGUGACCGCGCCGGGGAUGACAAAAGCCGCGUUGUGAGGCAGAGACAGGAACCCGAGGAGGACAAUGAGUGCGGUUUCACUAUGGUAAAUGUUGUAGUCGGAAGAGAUGUUCCCCCCAGAUCGAAGUCGGCAAGCAGAAAAGACGCCAAGGUGUUAGCCGUGUCAUCAUCUAACUCCGUGCCUCCUUCCAGGAGGGUACCGUCAAUAUCAUUCAGGCACGAGGACCAAUGGUUCAACGAUUUUCUGGAGAACCCUCCCAUGGUGAUCAUAGCUAGAGUUGGAACCGGCCUCGUAAAGUGA